UCCCAGCUGUACAUGGAGGAUGACAGAAAAAUCCAAUGGUGUGAAGAGCUCCCCAGCCAAUAACCGCAACCAUCACGCACCCCCUGCCAUCAAGGCCAAUGGCAAAGAUGCCCACAGGACCAGCAGCAGGCCACAGUCCUCAGCCGAAGAUGACACUUCCUCAGAACUGCAGAGGCUGGCGGACAUGGAGACCCCACGGAGGGGGAGGGGUGGCUUCCGAAGGAUUGUACGCUUGGUGGGAGUUAUAAGAGAUUGGGCCAACAGGAAUUUCCGUGAGGAGGAACCUAGGCCUGACUCCUUCCUUGAGCGUUUCCGUGGACCUGAGCUCCAGACUGUGACGACACAGCAGGGAGACGGCAAAGGCGACAAGGACAGCGAGGGAAAGGCCAUCAAGAAGAAAUUUGAACUAUUUGUCUUGGAUCCUGCUGGAGACUGGUACUACCGCUGGCUCUUUGUCAUUGCCAUGCCCGUUCUCUACAACUGGUGCCUGCUGGUGGCCAGAGCCUGCUUCAGUGACCUCCAGAGAGGCUACUUCCUGGUGUGGCUGGUGCUGGACUACUUCUCAGAUGUAGUCUACGUCGCAGACCUCUUCAUCCGAUUGCGCACAGGUUUCCUAGAGCAGGGGCUGCUGGUCAAAGAUAGCAAGAAACUGCGAGACAACUAUAUCCACACUCUGCAGUUCAAGCUGGAUGUGGCUUCCAUCAUCCCCACGGACCUGAUCUAUUUUGCUGUGGGAAUCCAUAGCCCUGAGGUGCGCUUCAAUCGCCUGCUACACUUUGCCCGUAUGUUCGAGUUCUUUGACCGCACGGAGACACGCACCAGCUACCCCAACAUCUUCCGCAUCAGCAACCUGGUCCUCUAUAUUUUGGUCAUUAUCCACUGGAAUGCUUGCAUCUAUUAUGCCAUCUCUAAGUCCAUUGGCUUUGGGGUGGACACCUGGGUUUACCCCAACAUCACUGACCCUGAGUAUGGCUACCUGGCUAGGGAGUACAUCUAUUGCCUUUACUGGUCUACGUUGACCCUCACCACCAUUGGGGAGACACCACCCCCUGUAAAGGAUGAAGAGUAUUUAUUUGUCAUCUUUGACUUUCUGAUCGGUGUCCUCAUCUUUGCCACCAUCGUGGGAAAUGUGGGCUCCAUGAUCUCCAACAUGAAUGCUACGAGGGCAGAGUUUCAGGCCAAGAUUGAUGCUGUGAAACACUACAUGCAGUUCCGCAAGGUUAGUAAGGAGAUGGAAGCCAAGGUCAUUAGGUGGUUUGACUACCUGUGGACCAAUAAGAAGUCAGUGGAUGAGCGGGAAGUUCUCAAGAACCUGCCAGCCAAGCUCAGGGCCGAGAUAGCCAUCAAUGUCCACCUGUCCACACUCAAGAAAGUGCGGAUCUUCCAGGACUGCGAGGCUGGCCUGCUGGUGGAGCUGGUACUGAAGCUUCGUCCUCAGGUCUUCAGCCCUGGGGAUUACAUUUGCCGCAAGGGGGACAUUGGCAAGGAGAUGUACAUAAUCAAAGAGGGCAAGUUGGCAGUGGUGGCUGAUGAUGGAGUGACUCAGUAUGCCCUCCUCUCAGCUGGGAGCUGCUUUGGAGAGAUCAGCAUCCUUAACAUUAAGGGCAGCAAAAUGGGCAACCGGCGCACGGCCAAUAUCCGCAGCCUGGGCUACUCAGACCUCUUCUGCUUGUCCAAGGAUGAUCUUAUGGAAGCGGUGACUGAGUACCCUGAUGCCAAGAAAGUCUUGGAGGAGAGGGGCCGGGAGAUCCUGAUGAAGGAGGGGCUGCUGGAUGAGAGUGAGGUGGCAGCCAGCAUGGAGGUGGAUGUGCAGGAGAAGCUAGAGCAGCUGGAGACAAACAUGGAGACUUUGUACACUCGCUUUGGCCGCCUGCUGGCUGAGUACACGGGGGCCCAGCAGAAGCUCAAGCAGCGCAUCACAGUCCUGGAGACGAAGAUGAAACAGAGCGAGGACGACUACCUGUCAGAUGGGAUGAACAGCCCUGAGCCAGGUGUCGAUGAGCAGCCAUGAAGCUCGGGGCCCAGUGGCCACUGCAGCCUUGCCUUGGCCUCAGAUCUAGUUGAGCUCUGUAGGUCUCUGGACUCAUAUGCAUUGUUCUCUUUCCACUCUGAGUCUCCCCAAAGCCUCCUCUAAGGCUUCAAUUUUUGGCCUAACUAUCCAAGACUUGCCUUCCAAGUGUAGCUAAGAGCUAAGCUUGUGGACAGUAUGGACUGUUGGCUGGGCUUCCAGGAGCUUCAGCUUGCCCAGGCCCGGAGAAGGGAGAGAAGAGCAGCCGAGCUGUCCUGUAGGUGAAGCCUGGGAUAGGAAGCCGGGGUGAUGAUCUGCCUGUGUGCAGCGGGAUGUGCACGCUGCUGCCUUGCCCCCUCUGCCUGGCUGCUUUGCACCACUAGGCUUUGUUGUUUGUUCUGUCUGUUUGUCUGUCUGUCUGUCAGCUACGAGUAGGGGCUCUGUAGUCUUCUUUGGAGCAGAUGGAUGUUGGGGUUUCUGACUUCUGGCCCAUUUCAAGUCAGGAGGUAAGGAACAAGACGACCAAUAAAGGCCCAGCAGGCAAUGCUACCUGGCUGCUUCGGACAGCGCCCCUCUAUGCAGAACAUUUCUGAAGAGUUCUUGAAAGUUGGUGGUGGGUGGGAGACUCUUCAAGGUAAUAUGUGCACUAGAGGUGCUUGCGAGUUAAGAAAUCCCUUCCAACUCUGCACGGUAUGUAUUGGUCAGCUCAGCUAUUUACCUCCCCAUCAACCUUUCUAUCUUCCUCACCCCCACUGCAGGGCUCCUUCUGCCCACAUAU